AUGAAUUCCGCACACGGCCCGCAAGUUGUGAGCCCUGUUAAUGGGCGGCAAUCGACGGCUAGACCAUUAGUGACGACAUCGGACACCCCCUCAAUCAGUCCGACACACACUUUGCCGAGAGAAUUUGUCCGACCCCUUACUACGAAGCCCCCAUCGCCGGCUAUGGUCCAACCGAACGUGCCGCAACCUAAUUUGCGAAUGGAUCAAAAUAUACCGCGCCUUCCGGCAUCCCACUCCUUUGCGGGUAUGCCCACUAUACGUCCCGGGACUGGCAAUGGAAGCCUGGUGCCGUCUACCUCCUUCAAUCAACUCCAUACUCCGCUCCAGCCAAAUGUAGCAGGCCGUGGCCCUCCCUCAUUUCUUCGUCCAGAUAUGGCAGCCAAUGCACGUCCUGGUGCUAUAUCAGUUAGUCCGCCACCCAAGGAGGGAAUUUCGCCCCCUUCUCGGGCUCGUUCGCCGAACUCAUUUGCACCCUCUUCCACCGUUCCUAUGACACAUCCUUCUGCGCCACGGGCGCGCUCGAAUGGCAAGGAACCUGAGAAAGAAGAACCCCGGCGUGUGCACCCUGAUCUGACUCCAUUAAAUGUAAAGGAUUUGGACAACAAGAGCUCUAGUGCCAUAACCAACGAAAAUGUCUCCUCACCUACUCUUCUUCCAUUCACAGAGCGACUCUCCGCCAUUCAGCCUCAAAUUCCCAACCUCCUGGCUUUGAAGGAGCCAGAAAACGGUAAAAAUAAGCACCCUGACUCCGAGCAGGACGACGGCGACAUGAAAGAACAGCGGUCCAAGAAUCUUUCACCUGAAAGUGAUGAUCCACUACUGGAUCAUCGUCAUCUUCAACCAGGAGACACUGUGUCGCUGUUAAGUCACAAGGCGACGCUUCAAAUGUACCGUGAUAAUGCAAAAAAGACGAACGAUCCGAUGCUGAGCUAUGAGCUCGCUGUCUUCAUGCUAGAUGUAAGUCGCUCGUUGGAGUUUUCGCAGCAAAUGCUGUCGCGCGGCCAGGACCCUGCUGCUGAAAGUGAGCAGCUUGCCAAAGAGGCCAUGAGUAUCUUGCGUCGUCUUGCUGACCGCGGUCACGUCGAAAGUCAAUAUCUCGCUGGUGACUGCUGUAUGAACGGCUACGGCAUGUCAAAAGGCCGACCUGAUCUAGGACUUGCUUAUUCGUACUUUGUCCAGGCUGGCAAGCGUGGUCAUCCUGAUGCUGCUUAUCGUGCUGGCACGUGUUACGAAAAGGGCUGGGGCUGUCGCCGCGAUCCCGCGAAGGCUGUACAGUUUUACAAGAUGGCCGCUAGUCGUAAGCACCCAGGAGCUCAAUAUCGUCUCGGAACGGCCGAACUGAACGGUGAACUGGGUCUGAAGCGUCUUGCCCGAGAAGGUGUCAAGUGGCUGAAGCGAAGUGCUGAAAAUGCCACACCCGAAUUCCCGCACGCCUUGCACGAGCUGGCGCUACUUCAUGAAAAAGGUAUUUACAAUGUACUUUUUGUGGACAAUGAGUACAGUUGUGAAUUGCUCGCUCAAGCUGUGGAGAUGGGCUAUGCUCCUAGCGCCUAUAAGCUUGGUGUAAACUAUGAAUAUGGCCGUAUGGGCUGUCCUCAAGAUAGCGGACUGAGUAUUCACAUGUACAACAUUGCAGCUCAGCAAAACCAUAAAGAGGCAUGUUUUGCACUCACGUCCUGGUACCUUGUGGGAGUACCAGGUAUUCUUCCACAGAGUGAUACGGAGGCGUACUUAUGGGCCAAGCGUGCAGCUGAACAAGGUCUGGCCAAAGCAGAGUACGCUUGUGGAUACUUUUGCGAAAAUGGUAUUGGCACGCCACGCGACUUAGGAGAAGCGAAAGGAUGGUAUCAGCGUGCUGUGGAGCACGGCGACAAUCGUGCCAGUAGUCGCCUUAACACGUUGUCGGGCUAUACUGCCAAGCCUGUUGGUAUAGCUGCAGAUGAAGCAUCUGCUAAAAAUCUUCCUCAGGCUAUUCCUGUGCAGCCGCUAAGUGCCCCUUUUCCCAGUGCUGCACCGAUCAGCACAAUGCGUACUUUGGGUGUAGCAAAUUAUCCUACACCCAAAACCAUGAAGGAAACGCAAGCUAUGCAGCGUGAUUUGCAUCAGCAAGCUCUGGUCGCUGCGAUUGAAGAGCGUGAGAAACCCAAGACGGCCACACCCACAUCACCACAGGGCCCAUCCUUUUUUGGUCAGAAGGGUUCUCAGGGCCGGCCUUCCGAAAAACCAUUUUCACCAUCCCAACCGCCGAAGGAAGGUGGCAAGCCUAUGAGUUUGAUUGCAGCUGGCCCACGUGCUGGUUUUCCUAAGCCUCCAACGCCACCACCACCACCACCCGAGCCUGAGCCUGAUGCUGAUGCACAAUUGGCUGCUAAUCCAAAAAGCUUCAAAAGCCGCCUUUUACGCCUUGGAAAGAUGGGCAAAAUCCGUAAGGGCGCAGCAAGCGAAGGAGCAGAAGGUGAAGAUGCUGAGAAUGUCGCAGGGUUGGAAGUGCCGGAAGGAGAGGAACCACUCUCGGCGACAGAGAAAGUUCCUGACGGUAACGAGGCACCAAAGUCAGCGCCUGACGCUGAUGCUGACAAAGAGACAGGGCUAAACAAGGAUCCUGCUGGUGUGGGCGAAGGUGCACCUUCACCCAAGCCAGAAACUGGUGCCAUGGUGUUGUCAGGGCCCAAGCCACUGGGCCAGGCUAGAGGACAGCCUCCUGCCUUGACCCCUGGACCUUCUGGACCGUCCAGCGCCGCUGGUGCCGAUGGGGCGCCUCGUUUGCCGGGAGAGCCUAAACAGCAUACACUUGGUGAUUCAUCGAAGCCUGAAGCUGCAGACAAGAUGUCCCAAGAAGCGACUGAAAAGUCGAAGGACGUGAAUAAUGAGAAGAGCAAAAACAAAAAGAGCGAAAAAUCAGGUGGCCUUUCGUUCUUCGGUCUCGGCAAAAAGAUUAUGAACAAGGGUUCUGACAAGCCUGGUUCUGAAGACAAGAAAAACCAAGAAGUGCCGAAGCCAUCAGACGAAGCUUCACCAUCCAUCGCCAAGCCGACAGAUACACCAGCUCCCUUGAGUCCUAGGCCAGACGAAAAGAAUUUUUCACUGGUUGAACGGUCCAAAGACUCGGAGUCUACGAGCCCCUCGUCUCCUAAGCCGACGACGGGUUCUGCCGAGCCAAGUGUGCCACCGAUGCCCGCUAUGCCCCCCAGUACAGUUGUUCGUCCGUCGCCUAGUAUGGCCUUAGUGCCAGGACGUUUACCAGCGAUUGGAGCGCCUGAUAGAACCGAAUCGAACCCGGUUCCGGCGUCACCCCAGAUUGGCGGCAUAGUGCCGUCUCGUCCACCUCCCCCGGGUGUGCGUCCUGUCAUGCCUGGUACCAUGAUGACCAGCCGUCCAUUUCCGCCAGGAGCUCGUCCAGGUAUGCCUCCAAAUGCCCAGCCCGGUGCUCGUCCAGGUAUGCCUCCAAAUGCCCAGCCCGGUGCUCGUCCAGGCAUGCCUCCAAAUGCCCAGCCAGGCCUUCGUCCAGGCAUGCCUCCAAAUGCCCAGCCCGGUGCUCGUCCAGGCAUGCCUCCAAAUGCCCAGCCAGGCCUUCGUCCAGGCAUGCCUCCAAAUGCCCAGCCCGGCGCUCGUCCAGGUAUGCCUCCAAAUGUUCAGCCCGGCGCUCGUCCAGGCAUGCCUCCAAAUGUUCAGCCCGGUGCUCGUCCAGGCAUGCCUCCAAAUGCCCAGCCAGGCCUUCGUCCAGGCAUGCCUCCAAAUGCCCAGCCCGGUGCUCGUCCAGGUAUGCCUCCAAAUGUUCAGCCCGGUGCUCGUCCAGGUAUGCCUCCAAAUGCCCAGCCGGAUACUCUUUCGGGCUUGCCACUAAAUGUCAAUGCUCCGGAGGCCAACAAUAUGCUCCAGCUGCAUCCUAGUGCUGCCAGCGGUGUUCGCCCCCCUGCUGCUCUGCAGCCAAGCCUUCGUCCUGGUCCGCGACCCUUCAGUCCGACGUUCCCAAGCCCGGCGGGUCCGAGUCGCCCAAAUCCACACCUCUUACCGGGUGUGUCUAGCAGCUCAGAUGGGGCAACCCCACGAGCGAACGGUCAUGGUGUGAAGCCUGGCAGUCCGCCCUCCAUGCCGGAGCAGCACUCGUUUGCACCCCCCGCGAUGCAGCCUGGACGUCCACCUUCACCUUCGUCACCAUUCGGUCGUCCACCAACUGGUCCAUUUUCACCAAGUGCUGUUCGUAUGCCAAGAAUGCCCUCUCAGAGCUCCAUGCAUCAGUCAGGUAAUGGUCCAUCACCACCAAAACCAGGCCAGAUGAUGAAUGUGUCCCUACCCGCACGUACAAAUCAACCACACUUAGGAGGGGCUAGUCCGCGUCCGCCUCGACCUACGUCACCACCGCCAUUCCUGACGUCGCAACAGCCAAACCGCCCCCCCGUCCCUCGCGGUGUGAUGCCUCCGGGAAGUGGGCCUUCAAUGCGUCCUCCCCAGCCGCCUGCAAUAAUACCGCCGCCACCACGAUCACCUCCAGCACGCGUGAAUCAACCAAGUCUGGGACCGCCAGGUUCUUCUAUGCCGCAAGGUCGCAUGGACAUGCCGUCUGGUCCAACUGCUCAAGGUCAAAGCCCUUUGUCUAAAGCCAUGGUUUCUCCACCCAAGAUGAGUUCACCUGAUAGGCCUCCUUUUGCGCCACCCACGCAUGUCACCCCCCCGAAGACUCCAGCGAAGGCUUCAGGCUUUAGUACCCCUGACUCAUCAAGCUCAAAAAUCAUGGAAUUUAAGGACGCAGAGAGCGACAAUUUGAAUUUCGGUUCUGCUACAACGACAGAAAACGCAGCCGCAGUAGGCGAAGAUGGUGACAAGUCCGUGCGAAAAAAAUGGCUAGGAUUUUUGUGA